AAGAUGAAACACAGGAGAGGAAAACGAGAUCCAAUUUACAACAGCAACCUAACACUUCGCAGCAGUGGCGUAAAGAAAAGAAAGGGGGUUUCUAUAUUGGAACGUCGUUACACGGGAAGGAGGAUUUUCCUUUUCCCUUUCUGAAAUGCUCUUUAUCCCAGACUCCCGAAAUCGUACGAUUUUGGGGAGGGAUUUGAACCCCAAAAUCUUCCCCACUGCUCUCACUCGUUUUAUCUCGGCAGCUUCGAGUUCCAUUGUCCAAAGUGUUAAUAUCGGACUAGGAAUUGAAGGACAACAUGUCUGCGAACGACAGCAACAUGAAAUGGGCUUGGCAAAAUGAAGACAGGAUUUGGAAUUUAUUUCCCACAGAAGUUCAGGACAAGUUGAAAGAGAAAUUCAACAAGCAGAAAACAGCAACAUUUCCCCUGGAUGGAAAAAAGUCUAGGGCAUCUUCUUCUGUGAAGCUGGACUUCCAGUCCAUGAAUUUAAAGCAGGCCAAACAUACCUGGAAGGUUUGCUGUUGUUUCAAGGACUCUGACAAGUUUUACACCUGGAGUUGGGAACCCGCCACUGGCGAGACAAAUUACUUUUCCGCAUCACACGUGAUGGAACUUGAGCGUGCAGCGAAAGCGGGAGAGUCUGUUGUAGGCUGCGUCAUGAAAGAUGGAGAAAAGGCCAGUGUUGACUUGGCUUCCUUUCUGAUUGGUAUUGCUGACUGUAAAUACAAGGUGCAUCACGAGGAAAUCUUGCUGGAUGAUAGAUCAGCGACGGUGUCAACCAAGCAGCAACAUGUUGAUGAAGAGGAUGAGUCCAGCCCCCUGAAAUGUGCGAAGCUGGAAAAUGGUGCAACAGCCUCUGGUUUGCCAGAAGCUAAAGUCUGUCUAACUAGGCUAGACAAGCCAACGCAGCACCAGUCUGAUGCUGAAAACUUGCAAGGGAAGACGUCUGAGUCACAGGUUUCCAACAGUACCCAGGUCGAUGUACCUGCGCCUCCAGUAGAUCCUGCGUGUACCCAGAUGAAGGAUAAAGCUGCCGUCUAUGUGGAAGGAGAUAACGUAUACGACGUGAUGCUAAACCAGACCAACCUACAGUUCAACAACAACAAGUUCAUGGCUCUGCAAGUUUUAAAAUUGACAGACAAGGAACAUUACUAUGCCUGGUUUCGUUGGGGCCGUGUUGGACAGCACGGGCGCAGCAAUCUUGUGAACUGUGGAAAAGACAAAGAGAAGGCAAAGGUCCUGUUCUUGAAGAAGUUCAGGGAAAAGACUUUGAACGACUGGGAAGAUAGGAAACAGUUUGUGAAACGUGAAGGGAAAUAUGAUAUGGUGAUUGUGGACAGAAGUACCAAAAAGGAUUUCCUAGAUGAACUAAAGGAACUGAAUCAUACAACUGAGAGUGAUGAGAAACAAGAAGAGAAGCCUUCAGAGUUAGAGACAGCACUCCAGAACUUGAUGUCUUACAUGUCGUCUGUCUCGGACAUAAAAACACUGAAAGCCACUCUGGAAAGCAUGCGCUAUGACUUCGUCAAGGCCCCUCUUGGCAAACUAACAGAUGAACAAAUUCAAAUGGGUUAUAAAGCCCUGAGUAAAAUAGAAAAUUGCAUAAAAGAAAAUAACCAGCAUGAUCUACUUGAGGCCUGCAAUGAAUUUUACACAAGAAUACCACACGACUUCGGCAUGAAGCGACCACCAAAGAUAACCACAUUAGAUGAGGUGUCAAGGAAGGUGAAGCUCCUCGAAGCUCUGUCUGACGUUCAAGUCACCAUGGAUCUGAUGAGGAAGGAACGAGAACUGAAAAACAGUCAUCCGUACGACAAGUUAUACUUCUCCCUCGGUUGUUCCCUUUGCAAACUCGAACCUGGUGGUGAAGAACACAACCUCAUCUCCACGUACAUGAAGAACACGCAUGGAAAGACCCACACGGAAUACAACUUAGAACUCAUCUCUGUCUACAGAGUGCACCGUAAAACGGAAGUGUCUCAGUUCAAGGAACUUCCAAAUCGGAUGCUGCUUUGGCAUGGGUCACGAGCUUCAAACUGGACAGGGAUAUUGAGUCAAGGGCUUCGCAUUGCCCCACCUGAGGCUCCUGUCACGGGUUACAUGUUCGGCAAGGGAGUUUACUUCGCAGAUUGCGUCAGCAAAAGUGCUAAUUACUGUUUUCCACAUCUCUACAAUAACAAGGGGCUUUUGGUGCUCUCCGAGGUGUCCCUUGGUAAAUGUAGGAAACUCUACAGUGCAGACUACAAUGCAGAUACAUUGCCCAAAGGCCACCACAGCGUCAUGGGAAUGGGAAAAAAUGUACCCAAUCCAGAUGAGUUCAAAACAAUGUCUGAUGGUGUGGUGGUUCCCUGCGGACGACUUGUCACUCUAGACAAACCAGACAAAGGCGUUGCUUAUUCCCUGCUGUACAACGAAUAUAUCGUGUACGACGUCAGCCAGAUAAAAAUGAAAUAUCUAAUCUGGGUCAACUUCGCCGAACAAGCAUGCUAGACAGUGCUCCUUCCGGUCACUGUUUCCAGACUUCAGCAGGAAGUAUGGUGCAUUUAAAGUAAUCGUUUAGUUUUUUGAGCUUAUGAGUGGAUUGAGAAGCUGUGUUUCUUGUAGUAUUCCAGCCAGUACCCCUAGAAACAAUGUUAUCAUCUCACCUGAAGCUCUGUGUUGCCAGUACUGUGAUACACUGCAUGCUAUGCUCAUUCCUUCUAAGGUCAACUACUGGACUUGCUAUUUCCACAAAAUACAUCUUGUGAAGUGCUGUAUUGAGAAACUCUAUGCUUGUUCAUGUUGUGUGAUGUUUAUUUUUGUUCUGUGUUUUUGUUUGUAAGGGCAGCACGGAAUGUGUUUUGACGGGAAGUUCACGAGGCACUAGUGAACUCUCUGCUUCUUUAUACUGCUUUAGCUUAGUGUGUGUUGUUACUCUGUAGUGAACUUGAUUAAAAAAGGUCACAGUUUACAAGUGUUAGAAAUUUUGAACACAUCAGAAAUGUUGCAUGCAGCCCACGUGGUUAUGGCUGCUUGUUGAAUGGAACGUAGGUAAACUUAAUUGCGGCACCAACCAGUAUAGCUUUUGUUGAAAGCACUUUGGGAAGCACCUCCAAAAAGCAGCAAAAAGCAAAGCAAUUAGGGUGGCCGUGAACAAGUUGUUGAAAAAGAGCAAAAAAUGUGCAGUCAGUUUUUCUUCGUGAUAUGAUGAACCAGCUUAAACUAUUUCGUUUUUAGGCCUAAGCCAAACCAAUUUUCUUAAACUGGUUCCAAGACUGGGUUGAAAAAAGUUUUUUUAACACCCUAGUAGUAACGCUGCAAUGUUUUGAUGACCUACUGAACGAUGAAAACCGGCUGAAUGUUGUUUUGGGAGGCGAGAUACAUACACCACAUGUAAUGUCUUUAUUGGCACAUUUAACAGUGUGUGAGGUGUUUUUCAUCUGUUAGUCGAAUCCGUUACUUCCUACUGGACUUUAUGCUUACAAUGUACUCUCCCCUCAACCAUAUUUUUCAGUUAUAUUUACCAGCCAUUUUGAAUAUCUUCAGAGUCAACACUGUUACAUAAUACAGUACCUGGUGUUUCUGAAGUGCCACAAGGGUUUGUGUUGGUUUCUGUACAUUUUACCUGUUUGCUUUACUUUUAACUUCCAAUAUUGGGCAGUAUAGUGCUUUGGCUUUUAUAUCAAUGACACACAUUUUUCUUUUUAUGUGCGCUGAUCUUUUGGUAUGCGAUAAGUAUAAUCACCUUGAAUGUGUAAAAGAAACGCUGCAGAACAAUGUCAGGUCUCCAAAAGUAUAAGUAAAGGAAAAUACCUAAACGGUUAGCUAAAUUUGAUGCUCCUAACUGUUUAACCAGUUUUUAAGGUAUUAAAUGCAAGAAGGCUUGGUGUGUAAUUGUCUAGGCCUUCCAACAAGUCACUCCUGUACUAAUUUCAUACGAAAUUUUGUAUCUGGUAUGUAGAAAGUGUUAAGGCAACCACCUUCCUGGGAGUUAAUUUUACAAUGUGAAAUGGAGUAUGUAUGCACUGCUUCUAAAACGUGCAGUGUGAAGUGGUCAGUUCUAGUCUUGAUGUAUUAUGCAUUGAUACUGUAUUCUGAACAUUAUUAUUAUUAUUAUUAUUAUUAUUACUACUACUACUAUAAAUCUCGGACACGUAUGUUGUAUCCACAGCAAUGAUAAGCAGAACCUCGAGAGCGGUUUUCAGCUUAUCUUGGUAGUGGAGCCUUAGAUCCUCUACUGAGGCGUUAGUGUGCCUAAUCCAUAAAGUCUGCCAGAACUUUUCAGUUAGCAGGGUAGCCACCUACAUACUUUCUUUGCAGGAAAUGUACCCUCCUCGCACAACUAAUCAUGACUGGUACCAAGUGACAUUUUUGGCAGCAGUGUAUUUAAAUUCUUUUGCAGACCUCCAUUAGAACAUAUAGCCAGUGGUAUUUGGGCAGGGCUUCAAGGCACAAUUGGUCUGCACCAAUUGACAAACGAGUGUAGGCUGAACGUUGGUGGGUUACGUGUUGUUUAUUGUGGAGGGUGCCGAUCAGGUUAUAGCUUGUACAUGAAUGUAUGUUUUAAUUUGAUAUUUUAAUUCUUCUGCACGAUUUAAUAUUUUCUUUGCACGUGUCAUCUUGCACAUGGUCAAAGCCCCCUAAGGGCCCUUUGCAGAACUCUUGUUGAAGCAUAUGCAAAUGUGUUGAAAUAAAAGCAAAACAAAAGAC